GUGGCGUAAAGCGGUACGAGAAUAGGCGCGGCGGGUGCCGGUUACAAAAUGGCGGCUUGUGGACUUUAGUCACAGAGGCUGAGAGGAAGGGAAAGGACAUUGCUGCCGCUGUCUCCGCCUGAGGGAACUGAGGCCUUGUCUCGGCAUGGCUGCCUCAAGCACCGCCGGCCUCCUCAGGGCAGCGGCCUCCUCCUGCCGACGGUUCCUCGCGGUUUAUGGAGGGACGAAAGCGGAAUGGUGCCGCGUUGCGGACACUAGGCGGUUCUUCCACGCUUCGUCCCUCGCGAAGCAGAGCUCAGAAGAUAAAGUUACAGUGCAUUUUGUAAAUCGUGAUGGUGACAAGCUAACAGCCCAAGGGAAGGUUGGGGACUCACUUCUAGAUGUUGUUGUUGAUAACAAUCUAGACAUAGAUGGAUUUGGUGCUUGUGAGGGAACACUUGCCUGUUCCACUUGUCAUUUAAUCUUUGAAGACCACAUAUAUGAAAAGCUGGAUGCCAUCACUGAUGAAGAAAUGGAUAUGCUGGACCUUGCCUAUGGUUUGACAGACAGAUCUCGACUGGGUUGUCAAAUCUGCUUGAGGAAAUGUAUGAACAAAAUGACAGUUCGAGUGCCUGAAGCUGUUGCUGAUGCCCGACAAUCCAUAGAUAUGAGCAAGAACUCUUAAAAUAAAGUUUUUGGGGGUAUUUUGUGAUAUUAAAAGUAUUUUUAUAACUUAUUUCUAAAUGUUUAAUUAUAAAAAUAAACCCAGAUAUGCAUUUAAUGAUUAUCAAUAUUAGAUUAUAAUGAUCUCUUUUGUCAAAGUCAGCCUUAUGUUUUGAUUCUGAAAUUGAGGAUACUUAGAAAGGAACUGUAAAAUGUUAGAUGUGAGGUGCAAUAAGAAGCUUUUUUCUCCUAAAGAAGUACUUUCUUUUAUUUACAUUUAAUAGCAAAUACUUUCUUCCUGCUUAGUUAUUAAUUUUUAAAAUAAUAUAGUUUUUUUGUUUGUUUUUCAGGCUAUGUGGCCAUGUUCUAGAAGAGUUUAUAGAAGAGUAAACUCUUCUAGAACAUGGCCACAUAGACCAAAAAAACCCACAAAAAACUAUGGAUGCCAGCCAUGAAAGCCUUCAACUUCACUUUAAAAUAAUAGUUUUGACAUUCCUAUGCAUUAGGGAUUUCACUUUAGUACACUGGAUGUGGGUUUAAGAAGAGUGAAGGCAAAAAUGUCCUUUUGAAAUAAAAUUUUAUUUUCUGAAGCACUUAAACAAUGUGCUACUAGAAAGCAAGAUUCUUCUCAGCUGAAGGGAUGGUGAUGUUGCACAGCUGUUGCAUGCAAUGUUAGAAUUCUGGUAAUUUCAUAAGAUUUGAGGGUCAGAAGUAAUGUCUAUAUUGGUAUAGCAAGCCUUCCUUAUACAAUUACUGUUCUGAGAAAGUGGUUUUGAUCUAGCCUAUAUUGUUGCUGCAAUUAGGUAUAUUAUGUAAUGUGAAGCCUUGCGGCUUCCGAAAGUUUCAACACAGCGAUUUUGUUGGGCAUCAACAAAUGAGAAUUGCACUGAGAACAGUUAACUGUCUAUUUGUAUCAAAUACUCUUUAUUGGACUUAAAUAUACAUAGCUCUCUCCUUUUCAUAGCCAUAAUAUCUCCUUUUUAAAAAAAGUUUCAUAUUUUCAGCAGUCACUAGCAACACUACAAAGGUAAUUUACAGUUAUAGCCAGGAAGCUGUAUAUACAGAUGUUUGACUGCAUCACUAGCAUUUCAUUACAUGCAGCAGUUGCCUUGUUCCCAAAAUAUCAAUGAAGGGAAGAUAUUCCCUGAACUUGUAUUUGAGAUUAUAUUUAUAUCCAGUAGUUAUGAGAUUGUAAACUGGAUUUAGGAGCUCAUAACCACUAGGGAUUUGCAUUUAUGGUUGUUAGUGACUGAAUGUGACCCUCCCCCAAACCCUACAUUUUCAGUCUGGCAGCAUCCCAACCAAAGCUCCAGGGAGCUACAUAUGUCAUUUUGCAAUGGCCCAAUCUGUGGUACCUUGGAAACUCUUUGAUUGCCAUUGUGGAAAGAUAGGGUGUUGGUGGGGAUGGCAUCAUCAGAUGUAAUUCUAAUUAGGCAGCUAUGCAAGAUUUUUGGUCUUUAUGCCUGAGUAGAAUAUUAAGUUUGAUGGUAUAUCCUGUUAUAGGAAAGACCCAAGUGAUUCCCAAUAAGUGCUGGAACAUAAAUGGUAGGAAUUAGAAAAUGAAAGGAGCUAAGGGAAAGAUAAUGAUUUUUUUAAAACAAUUAACUUUGUCUUCUUUCACUGCCCAUGAGGGCUAAACCAUCCUACAAUGGAGGUGAGACACAUUUAUCCUGCUUUCCCUCUUCUACACUGGAGAGAUCUUACCAGGUACACUAGUGACAUAGAAUAAAUAAUACUGCUUAAAAUGCUUUGGUCUUAAUGAAGAGGACAUACUGAUUUUUCUUGCAUGGGUCAAAACAGGUUGCACAGAAAAGUAGAUCACUAUGUACUGUGUUUCAUAAUACAAAACCUCUGAAUUAUCUGGUCAGAGUUUCCAACAGAUGCAGUUGUAAAAUUUCAAGCACAUAAAGCUUAAUUUUGUGAAGGGCAUUUUUUUUUGUGGUAGUACAACAAUGCAAAGUUCAUCUGUGCUUCCUUUAAAUGAAAAUGUCCCUUGAACACUGGGACGAAACAGACCGCCCCUUUGUGCCGGCUUGAGGACAGCAUCGUAGCAUGGGGUUUAGAUGCCACAUGCUCUGAUGCCACCCACCCACCCACCCACAUGGCAGCAGCUUUGCAGCACACCAUUUAUAUGCUGCACACUGCAGGAAUGCUGCAAAGCUGCCGCCAUGGUGAAAAAGCUGGCAAUUUGCCACUCCUUUUUGUGCUGGUAAAAAGCCGGGUUGGCAGCAUGGUGUGAGGUUGCCGCAGCCCCAACCUGGCAUUCGAAGGGGUGGCAUGAAGCCACCCCUUCAGGGCUGUCUGUUUUGGCCCUUAUUUACAAGAAUUAAUUUUAAUGUAGCCAGGCAGGAAAAAAGUCUGCAUGUCUUUCCACUACACUAAUUAUCAUAUAAAUGUUGGUUCUUAAACUGCUCAAAGUUCAGAGAUGUAUGUAUUUCUCAAUUGUUUUUUUUUAAAAUCUGGAAAUAAAUAUUUUUUUUCUAUUUUA